UUCUCUAUUUUUUUUUUCUUUUUUUAGCUGAUGAUUUUGAUUUCCAUAUCUCUCCAUUCAAACCCAUUUUCUUAAAAUGGGAAUUUUUGAUUUUGGAAGAGAUGUAAGAAGAUUCAUCAAACGAAAAGACAGUGAUGCUGGAGAAGCAGGCCGAUCAUUGGAAGAACUGCGUGGGUCCCUUUACAAUGAUCUCCGUGCAUCAGAAGGUGCAAAACGGCAACAACAACGCCUUUGUGGCCCAGUCGUGGCUCUGACUUUCAACUUCAUAAUUGCCGUCGCGAUAAUCAUCACGAACAAAUUGGUGCUGGGAAAGAUUGGUUUCGAUUUCCCAAUUUGUCUCACAUUGAUCCACUACGCGACGGCUUGGUUCUUGCUUGCCAUCUUUAAUGUGUUUUCGUUGCUUCCGGUCUCUCCUCCUUCGAGAUCCACACCAUUCUCUUCUUUGUUCGCUUUAGGUGCCGUCAUGGCUCUAUCGACGGGCUUUGCUAAUAUCAGCUUAAUGUACAACAGUGUGGGGUUUUAUCAGAUGGCUAAGAUCGCUGUGACCCCGACCAUUGUUCUGGCAGAGUUCAUCCUAUUCAGAAGGACAGUUUCCUUACCUAAGGUUUUGGCCUUGACCGUUGUAUCAAUGGGUGUGGCGGUGGCAACCGUUACGGAUCUACAGUUCCAUUUUUUUGGUGCUUGUAUUGCAUUAAUUUGGAUAGUGCCUAGUGCUAUAAAUAAAAUCCUAUGGUCUAAUCUGCAACAGAAAGGCAACUGGACUGCUCUGGCGUUGAUGUGGAAGACUACCCCAGUGACCAUCUUAUUCUUGUUAGUUUUGAUGCAAUGGUUGGACCCACCUGGUGUGCUGUCCUUCGACUGGGAUGGUAGGAAUACGUCUGCUAUCCUCGCUUCAGCUCUAUUAGGUUUUCUCCUUCAAUGGUCUGGGGCUUUAGCACUUGGAGCAACAUCCGCAACUACCCAUGUUGUUUUGGGCCAGUUUAAAACCUGUGUUAUCAUGCUUGGAGGCUACAUGAUUUUUAAAUCAGACCCUGGAGUGGUGAGUAUCUGCGGGGCCCUUGUUGCUUUGUCUGGGAUGUCUGUCUACACUGCCCUUAACUUGCGGAUGGCGAAGGAGACUGACGGGAUCGGAUCAAUAUGGACGGUCCAUCUAGUGGGCCUCGUAGUAUGUGUAUCUUUCCACAUUGAAUGAACUACCUUUCACCAUUCCUGCUUUCUGAUCAACCAUCUGUGCGCCAUUAACGGCUUUAAUGAGAACCUCAUGAGCAGUAAACAAAAGGAGCGAUUUGGAUGUUUGGAUAACUUGAAACAAAGGUUUCCACGGUGGUUGGUUAAAAUGCCAUUGUCCAUGGACAAUGGUUUCCC